UGUUAUGAAAUCAAAAAAAUCUUCAUUACAAACCUUUUCAAGUUCAGAUUCCAAUUUUAAGAUAUCUUGUUCAUUCUGUUCAAUCUGAAAUCUAUAUUCAUACAGAAAAUCACACUGGGUUAUGUUCCAGAAAUAUAUGCCAGUUUCUGUACAUGAUGCAGACAAACAACAAACUACAUCUGAAACUGUGUAGCAAUGGUCCUUGCUACUAUUAUAAUUAAGUUAUCGAACUUUGAGAUGUUGAAGUUUGUUUUAUUUUUCAGGUAGUGUAGAUGCAUCCAACACACAAGCCAGCAUUUGAAAAACAUGCAUAGAAAAAUUUGAUUCACCCAGAACUUGAAACAAGGUUCCUAAAGUUACCGAUCGGCAGUUAUGACUUUCCCUGGUUGUAAAGCCUGUUUUCCCACUGAUCAUAGACAAUUUUUUACCGAUUAUUGAUUGGUGAUCAGCUGUUAUUUCAAGCCCUGUUUGCCAAUGUUUUUUCAGGUUGAAAUGUUGGGUAGAUAUAGAGUGAUGACUGAAAGUUGUCAAGAGUAACAAUCAAAGUAAUUUGCUUUGAUAAAUCAUCAGUCUAAUAGGGUGUUGAUGAUUUGUUUAUAUGAGGGUCAGUGACAUAUGGUAUUGAUAGAUGUCAUUCUCUUGCAUGAGCAAAUUGUCUAAACAUACCUCUGUUUUAAAAUGCACUUUGACAAAUUUCAUGUUUCAUCAAAUACUUUGUUUUCUCUAGUUUAAUUAAUAAUAGCUUUUAUCCUGCUAAUCAUGUUUUUCAUAACAAAACAUAAUUAAUUGACUAAUUGCAACAUUUUUCUGCAUAUAAUCUCAAAUUCAUACACAUUGUUUACGUUAUAGUGAUGCAUGUUCAUAAACUCCAACGAAAGACACCUUUUCAGGCUGCUAUUAGUAUUCGAACAGGACCUAUUCUUAAACAUCUUUUAACUACUUUUGUUCACCUAUUGUGCGUAAAAUAAAAACACAUUUCUCAAGAAAGAUCAUGCUAAAUACAAGAGGGAUCAUUUUCACCUGAAGAAUGGAGAGUCUUUGAGGCACUCUGAAAAUUCCAAUUUUUGUAACAUGGUGUAUAUUAUAAAGCUAUCUCUUUACUCAUAAUAUUCCGACGUUUUAAACCAUAAAACUUCCAUUCAACUCAAAAUUAUGAGCGUUUAUAUAUUUCCGCGGUGUUGUUCCCUACCGGCGUAAAAUCCUUUACAGGAAGUAAACACUCCCGAAUUUGGGGGCGUUUUUCCGGUACGUGACAUCGUCACGGUUGAUGAAGAAUAUUUCGCUUACAUGAAAUUGGGCGGAACUAUAACCGCUCGAAUAUUGUUUUGAUCGCACAGGCUCAAAGUCUUUCCUUGUGUUCGUUGUUGGAACGUUCAGCCGUAUUUUGCACGUGGUCAAGAAAUAGAUCAAAAUAUGUCAGGUAAAAAUCGUUUUAAUCUUAACUAAAACAUUUAGUGACCUAAUAUGAUAACUGGUUAUUGUUCUGAUUGUACUUAGAAAUUUAUAGUAUGCGUCGUGUUAAAAUAAAAAGCGAUUUUCAAUUUGGGGUUUUUGGAAUUCCCCAUUUGCAUGUCAUUGCAUUCUUGUCAUCGCACGCGAUGUAUAUCGGGUAGGUUUUUGGUCGGUUUCUUGUUAAACCCGUCGCUGAAUUUGCUCUUUAUUUUGUGUAAAUAUUUCCCGGUUUUUUUUUGGACAGAAUUGAUUUCCGUUGCGGAAACCGCUACAUGAUACUAGGGAGGGUUUUUGGCUAUUUUGUCUGAAGUUGGUAAAUUUGCCCAUCAACUGAGGAGGAAUAUUGACCAGUGUGGAAACUUUAUAUCGCGCGGCCGCACAAUUUUGAUGCUUUAUAUAUAUUUACUAUUAAAUUUUUGAAAUCUUGGCCGCGCAAUUUCCAAACUUUCAAUCAGGGACAUUGCCUAUUUGUGUGCAAGUUUUAAUCUGAUUAGCCAAUCACAGGUCCAAGCUGAUCGGUUGAGCAAAUCGAAACCAUGCAUCAAAUGAACUUUCUCGGUGAAAACAUUGAACAUUGUCAUGAGAAUAGACAUGUUUUAUCUGCGACCAUUCAGCCUUAGUUGCAAGCGACGGUAGGCCCCUCGAUUCAUACACCACUGUCCUGUACAUGUCUAAAUGCUUGUCCUUAAUAUUUUAGGUGAAGGGUUUUCCAGGUAUGUUACAUAUAAGCUGUUUGGGUGAAAUAGUUAAUUCAACUUGUGAAGAAAGUUUAGCUCAGAUAUAUAAAUUUUGCUGAUAUAUAUUGCAUGAACAUCUAUCUAGCAGCAAAAUGCCCCCUGCCUUGUUAUCCUAUAUUUUCUGAUGCAAGAUUUCUCAUUCUUAUAUUGUCAUUAGGUUUUUAGCAUGCAUAUUUAGGUCACAGACCACAGUAUAUCCCAUUGAGCCGUCCCAGUGCGCCCUACUUAUUUUUUUACUUGUCUCACGCCAGACAAUUUUACUUGUCAGUGAGCAAGCUCUGCAUCUUAAAUUAAUGGGUUAACCAAAAAAUCUGACAAUGUCUCUAGUUAACCCAUUGAGCUGCAAUGGCCCCCAGUACUUGUUUUUUUACUUGUUUAAUGCCAUAUGAUUUUACUCGUCAAUGGAGAAGUUCUGUGGCUUAACGGGAUAUACUGCAUUGAAUUGUAUUUUAAUUAAUAUGACAUAAUUAUGUAGCCCAAACGUGAAUCAUUAUCCUGGCCAAUAUCAAUUUACCAUCCAUCCUGGAUUGCAACAUGAUGAGAGCCAGUUCAUUCAAAAAAAUGUUGAAUUUACGGUAUGUUUGUUUAUCCUACAAUGAAUAUGUAUAAUUUAUGCUUCAAAUUUUUUUCCAUUUGAAGGAGAGAGGGGUAUAUCUACUAAUAAUAGUAAAAAAUGGGAUUAAACUUCCACUUUCCUCUGUGAGGGUAGUGUGGACAGAUAUUUUCUGGAAUGACCAAACACGUCUCUCCUUAUUGAUCACUUUAAUCUGUGCAAGGUUUAAUAUUUUAUUCCAGGUCAUUUUAUCAAGUGUAGAUUAGGUAUAUGUCAUUAUGCUAUAGAUAUAGGACCUACGUAUCAUACAGUCAUUGCUCUAGUAAAUACAUUGCUUUUUAUUGCCACUAUAGUUUUCAACAAAGCUCAACUGUUUAUUUGUAAAGAAAAAAGCUGUUUGUCCUUUUGGAAUAUUUACAUCAGGUAGGACUUAGGCAGUUGCAAUAUUGAAAAAAAUCAAUAUAUCGAUAUGGGGAAAAAAUAUCGAUAAUAUUGACUAUAUCGAAUUUUGCAAGUGAGAAAACAUAAUUUAAUCAACUUGCAUGUGUUUUCCCAAUAUACAACGUUUAUAGAAUAGUCAAUAUUUAAUUCAAUAUAACUUCAUAUAUUAUUUAUGUCGGGAAUAUCGAUAUUUAUCGAAAAUAUUGACAUAUCGCAACUGUCUAGUAGGACUUGAUUGAACCCUCUGUUUUGUUUCCAAGAUAGAUCAUUGAUCACUGAAUGGAUCAUUGAUUACUAAAGUAGUUCAUUGUAUACUAAAUAGAUAAUUGAUUACUAAAUAGAUCAUUGAUCACUGAAUGGUUCAUUGAUCACUAAAGUAGUUCAUUGUAUACUAAAUAAAUAAUUGAUCACUAAAUAGAUCAUUGAUCACUAAAAUAGAUUAUUGAUUACUAAAAUAGAUCAUUGAUCACUAAAAUAGAUCAUUGAUUACUAAAAUAGAUCGUUGAUUACUAAAAUAGAUAAUUGAUUACUAAAAUAGAUAAUUGAUUACUAAAAUAGAUCAUUGAUUACUAAAAUAGAUCAUUGAUCACUAAAAUAGAUAAUUGAUUACUAAAAUAGAUAAUUGAUUACUAAAAUAGAUCAUUGAUUACUAAAAUAGAUCAUUGAUUACUAAAAUAGAUCAUUGAUUACUAAAAUAGAUCAUUGAUCACUAAAAUAGAUCAUUGAUUACUAAAAUAGAUUAUUGAUUACUAAAAUAGAUUAUUGAUUACUAAAUAGAUCAGUGCACUGUAGGAGCAGUAACAUCUUUAUUUCAGUGUAUGGGAUGUGUGUUAAAACUAGAGAAGCAAACUGUCUAGUUGAUGGUAUUUUUUCUGCAGAUACUCCACCUCCGAACAGUGAAAUUAAAGUUGUUGUUUUUUCUGAGGAUAAUGUGCCUGUCAUGAGAUGUCGGUCACACACUGAAGGCAAUGACAAUCAAUGUGAAGGUAUAACAAAAGUACAGUAUGUUCGGCUUAACAUUAUCAGUUUGCACUGUGCUCUAAGGCCUAUCCACACACUACAGUUAGUUGUAUACAGGGCAAGAAAAAAAUCAUUUUCUUCCUGGGAGCAAAACCUGGAGACAAAAAUUUCCUGCAGACCAACAGAGUAUUUUUGUGCUAAAUCAUGUCCAUACACAUAUAGUGUUGUAGCUGACAAUAGUUUUAAAUUCAAGGAAUAAUGUCUGUCAACCAUAUGUUGUUGCGCCCACAGUGGAACAUGGGUGUUAAGGUUUCCUUUAAAUUUUCAUUCAAACAAAUUUCCUGCAGCUGUUUAAAAUUUCCUGCUCGCAUGCUUAAAUAUUCUUUCCACCCCUGGUUGUAUAUAUAUGAUUGUCAUUCAGGGGUAAGAAAGUUACUGGUGAUGCAGUAAUUUUUGGGCAGCUAAUAGUAGAUAGGUUAUUUAUAUAAGGCCUAUAGUUACAUUUUUGCAACUGCUUUAAAUCUAUUUGUAUUCAGAAAUUCCAUCUACAAGAACCCAUCUAAGAUUGUACUGCCUCUUGAGGCUAAAUUUUUAAUUGUUUUCAGAUUUCAUAGCACCUCUUCACUUUAUGAGGUGUGAAAACCAAUCUGCAAUAUAUCAUUGCUGCAAAGACACUGGGACAUUGUCAUUAUCCUUGCCUUUUAUGAAACCUGAGAGUAAGUGCAUUUCAUUUCUUGUUAUUGAAAACCUGCUGUAUAUAUCUUUACAAUAUUACACAGUGAACUAUUUUCCUUUAGGUGUGGCAGAGAAUGUGGAGAAUUUCACAUUCCUCUGCUCCAGCAGAGGUUGUGUAAAGAAGGAGGUUUUUGUAAAGUUUUCCUUAAUAAACAGGUAUUGUAAGUUGUUGAAUGUACGGUAAUAUGGUUAUUACACUUCGUACCCUGUAGCAGUGAGUUAUUUGUUUCCAAGCAUGCUAUCUAAUCUUAGAUUUUCUCCAUUGCAGCAAUGUAGUUCUUGGCCACCACACAUUUGGUCUGCAUGUUUGUUCCACGCCUGGCAGAGAUCGUAUGAACCACGAAGCUGGGAAAACCAGCAGGAAAAGAAAAAGGCCUGCUGCAGGUAUAGUUUGGGACAAAGAGUGAAAGAGGGGAUUUGAAAUCGCAGAACUGCACAUAAAAUUUCUUAAAAUUUCAAUCAAAACCAAAAACCACAUAAUAAUGUCUGAGGAGGAGCCUAUAUAUAAAAACUACCUUCUUUGAAUCUUAGCAUUAAGUUAUAGGAUACCAAAUCCAGGCAGUAAUUUUAUCAUAGGUUUGGGACAGAACCAUUUGGCACAGAACCAAAGACUUUACUAAAUUACUUUUAUGGAACAUCAAUCUUUAUAUUUAAUUUAUUAACUUUGCCAGAUUCAAACAAUUAACGUUAAUACAAAAACUGGCAGGGCAAUCGCAACAGCUUGCGCCAAUUACUGCGAUCCCUAAAUGUUAGACAAAUACACUAUAUACGUACAUAGAAAAAAUCAAUUACUAACGAACUAUCAGAUUCAACUUUUCACAUUGCGACCCGCAGGACCACUUCUAAUUUCGGAUAUAUUUAUGAUAGAGGGCAACGCUUAUUAUUUUCACCCCUUGUUCAUGUUUCCUGCUCUAGUAAGCAUUCUGUUGGUAAUUAACUUAUUUUUGUACUGUUAGACUCGGAACACUCAGAUGACACUGUCUUGCCACCAUCACAGGAAACGUAUGAAAUUGUUGUAAGUGCAACUAAUAUUGUAUUUGUCAUUUUAGUCAAUGGUUCAAUAUUGAUAAACUGAUCUGUUAUGUAACACAGGUUAAAAAGGCUUGGAUUCGUGAUUAUCUACUUAGGAUAAACACCGGUCUCGAACUUUUGGAUGCUGUGCCGUUUGAAGAUCAACAGAAGUAUUUAAAAAGGUAUUUAUACUGUAUAUAUAUAUUUUUACAUUGAACUCUAGUGCAUUAAAACAGCCAUUUCACUAUGUCAUUGUUGUC